AUGACUGCUCAGCUCCUCCUGGGGGUGUCCCUCUUUGCCUGGUUGGUUCUGGAUGUCUGUGGAUUGUCAGUUAAAGGUUUGCAGUCUCAACACCAGAGCAGCAGCAGCAGCAGCCGUGGUGGCGGAGGCGGCAGCAGCACCAGUGCAGGAGGGAAUGUUGCUUUUCGCAGAGCAAGUUCUGGCUCCAGUGAUCCUGCAGGUGUCUUCAUGCAGCAGCCCAGCCGGCCCCAGUCUGUGCAGCCCGUGUUUGUCGGUGUGAGCGCCGUGCCUGCUGCUGGAUACGCUGCAGGUUCUGCUCCAGCAGGCUACUACAGUGGUGCUCCUUACAUACCAGGUUCUGCUGCUGGCUCGCCACAGGCUGCAGCUGGUCAGUCUUCCCUCCCAGAAUCAAAGUGGACAAUUCAAGACUUUGAGGAAGCAUCAAGUGCACAAGCCCAGAGUCCCAGCGCCCCUCUCUCUCCUCCAGUGACCCUUCAGUCUGGAGAAACCUCCAAAGCUGAACUUGGGAACUACCACCACCAGCAGCAGCAGCAGCAGAUGGAGGAGUUUGGUUAUCCAGCUGGUCGUAUGUGGCCUGGCCAAAGUCUUCCACUUGUCACUACACCAAAUCUUGGUGUGGGUGGCUUGUGGGGCUACUCUUCUCUCUACCCCCGUCAUUGCCCUUUUCCCUACCCUUACUUUGACUACAGGCUCCUGUAUGGUCUGUACCCCCCUGGCACCUAUAACGCCUUCAGCAGAAAUGAUGUGAGGGGCAAAAAUUACUACAGACCAGGCACUAUGAGACAGAACAUGGCUCUGAUGCUCCACAAAUGGCCCAGAACCCUGGAACAGGCAGAAGGUCUAACCAGAUGAGGAUGUGAUUGUGAAACUGAUGACUGGUCCAAGCAGAUGACUUGCAUUAUUCAAUAAAG